UAUAUAAUAUCUAAAGAAAUUCAGCAAUACUUAGCCUAAAAUCACACUAGCUAGAUCAAAACUUUCUUCUCUUCUAACUUCCAACUUACUGAAAAACAUGGAUAAAUCAAUUAGUAGUAAAAACAAAGCUAAAAAACCCCAUGUAGUUUGUGUAACAUUACCUGCACAAGGCCAUGUAUUUCCCAUGAUGCAGUUAGCUAAGCUGCUUCAUUCUAGAGGCUUUUACAUCACUUUCGUCAACAGCGAAUUCAAUCACAACCGUCUGAUUAGAUCAAAGGGUUCAUCAGAUUGGGUAAACUCUUUUCCUGAUUUCAAGUUUGAAAGUAUUCCCGAUGGAUUACCACCGUCUGAUCGUGAUGCUACCCAAGAUCCUCCUUCUCUUUGUUACGCUCUCCGUGAGAAUUGUUUGCCUGCUUCGCGUGAGUUGUUGGCGAGGAUGGGGUCGGCCAAUGGUGUCCCUCCGAUUAGUUUUGUCAUUGCUGAUGCACUGAUGAGUGGUGCGAUUAGAGCUGCUGAGGAAAUUGGUGUACCUGGUUUCCAAUUGUGGACUGCCUCUGCUUGUGGAUUUAUGGGUUAUCUUCAGUACCCUGAGCUCCUUAGAAGAGGAAUUAUUCCUUUCAAAGACGAGAACUAUAAGCACGAUGGAACCCUUGACAAGCCAGUGGAGUGGAUACCAGGAAUGAAGAACAUGCGACUCCGAGACCUUCCUUCUCUUAUGAGAACUACAAAUCCUGAUGAUAUCCUUUUCACAUUUCAAAACGAUGAAGUACAAAGUUGUCUCAAAGCAUCCGCUAUAAUAAUCAACACCUUCGAUUCUCUCGAACAAGAAGUUUUAGAGGCCAUUAAUGAAUCCAUCUCCCCACAAAUCUACACCAUUGGCCCACUCCAUCUACUAGAGAAGAAACACGUCCCAAGUAGCCCAUUGAAGUCGUUUCGAACUAGUUUGUGGAGAGAUGAUAUCUCUUGCCUCGAAUGGCUGGCACAAAGAGAGAACAAAUCAGUAGUGUACGUGAAUUAUGGUAGCAUAACUGUAAUGUCUAGGGAAAACCUCAUAGAAUUUGCAUGGGGAUUAGCCAAUAGUAAGCACCACUUUUUGUGGGUUCUACGCGCUGAUGCGGUGAUCGCCGACGAAUCAGGGUCAUUGCCUCAGGAGUUUGUUGAUGAGACACGAGAUAGAGGGUUGGUGGUCACUUGGUCACCGCAAGAAGAAGUGUUAUUGCACCCUGCAAUUGGUGUUUUUUUGACGCAUUGUGGGUGGAACUCGAUACUUGAAGGUGUAUGUGCGAGUGGUUUGCCUGUCAUAUGUUGGCCGUUUUUGUUCGAGCAACAGACUAAUUGUCGGUAUGCGUGUAUGGAUGAUGAGUGGGGUAUUGGGUUAGAGGUGAAUCCAGAAGUUGAGAGAAAAGAGAUUGAAAUUUUGGUUAAAGAAAUGAUGAAUGGAAAGAAAGGGGAGAAGUUGAGGAAAAGAGCAUUGGGUUGGCAAGAGAAAGCGGAUGAGGCUACUAAUGUUGGAGGUUCAUCUUUUGAAAAUUUUGAGAAGUUUCUCAAAAGAGUCUCUUCUUACUGAUGCAGUGAUUGAGUAGUGAAAAUAAUGUUGUUGAAAUUACAAACAUUAUAUAUAUUUAUGCAACUCUAUUUUAUGGUUGUUAUUUA